UCUCAACUAAGUCAUAUACAGCUGCUGCGAGUCAUUUUUUUCGGCAGACGCAAUACAACGUAAACAAAACGCAAUAAAACAAAGAACAUUAACACACAUAUACACGUUAACAACAUUUUGUAGGAAGCAGUGUUGGCAAGCAAAUGAGUAUCGACUUAUAUCUGCACUCCCUCAACUCGACCCUCCAGGCCUUCGCCCAACAAGUUGAACAAUUUGCUGGCGUUGCUCUGCAAGCUGUCGUGUCUCUGCGCUCGGAAUUCGAUAGCUUCACUGGCGACUGGCGUUGGCAAAGUCCCGUUGAGUUCACUGCACUGCAAGCAACAUUGUUGCAAGUGCUGCUGGUGUUGCUGCUGGGUACGGGUGCACUCAUCGCUUGGUCUUGGGGCGUCUACGGUCAGGUGAUCACCGAGAAGUUUGUCAGACCAAGUACAUUGAAGGAAAUUGAGGAGCUUAAAUUAUCUGUGGCGAAAUUAAAGUUGCCUAAGGAGCAUUCACCUAGAAUUUAAAGAACCAAAAACAAAACAAUA